CUUAAUAACUGCUUUGGCUCCUCAGGACAGUGGUAGAAGAUGCUGCUUCUCCUACUCCCAAGCGCUUUUCUCCUUCUACCAUGGGCUGGGGCUGGAAGGAUCAUUGGAGGAAGGGAAGUUAAGCCCCACUCCAGGCCCUACAUGGCUUACUUACAAAUUGAAAGUGGCUCAGAUACUUACAGAUGUGGAGGGUUCCUGAUUCAGCCAGAUGCAGUGCUCUCAGCAGCUCACUGUGUGCAUGGAAAAGGAAAGGUGAAUAUCACUGUGACUCUGGGAGCCCACAACAUAAAAAAGAAAGAACUGAGCCAGCAGAAGUUCCAUGUUGGAUGUUGGGUCAUCCAUCCCAGAUACUUAAAUUACAGAUCUGGAAAUGACAUCAUGCUGCUGAAGCUGAAGAAAAAGGCCAAGAUGACUAAGUAUGUGAAACCCAUCUCCUUGCCCAGUCAUAACGAAACUGUCACACCAGGAACUAAAUGUAGUGUGUCUGGCUGGGGCCAGACAUCAGUGACAGGGCAUAGGACUGAUGUGAUGCUAGAGGUGGACCUGGAGCUGCAGCGUGAGGAAGUGUGUGAGGAGUCUUUCAAAGGCUACUGGUGCCAGUCUAUGAUCUGUGCCGGUGAUAUGCGUGGCAGAAAAUCAACUUACAAUGGUGAUUCUGGAGGCCCAUUAGUCUGCAAUCGGAAGGCUCAUGGCAUUGUUUCUUAUGGAUAUCAAAAUAAACCCUUCCCUAAGGUAUUUACCAGAGUCUCCUAUUUUGAGCCCUGGAUCAAUGAACAGCUGAGGAAGUUUGCAAUCCAAGAGGCUUCUAAAUGCACCUAAAACAGAGUCAGA